CUUGAACUGACAAUAAAAGGAAACAUUUCGUCAUAAACCCAUCAGUUGUGGGGUUAUAGCUCGUAUCCUAUAGGUCUUUUCGGCCUUCACUACGACUCGAGCUUCUACUCGGGUGAUACUACACCGGCGCUUCAUCCUCCAAAGAAUACAUAGUCGAAGACAAACUCCAUCCUGCACGCAAUCUAUUGUGACACCAUCGCGACCCGUUCGAAUCCGUUCUAGAAGUCGCAUCGUCGCAUCCGCCGCCAGAUCCUCGUAGCUGCAUUGCAUUUAGCCUCCCACACCCACCACUCUUCUACCGGCGCAUCACAUCUCAUCUAGUUUCAUAUCCCUUCAUCCUAUAACCAACCUCGGUCAUCUGAGGCUCCUAUCCUACUGUAUCUCUCAUCAAUUUCUCAAAAAGGCACCUACCUAUCAUUUCACACCUACAAACGAGAUCGAAAUGACGUUACCAGAACCCUCGGUAUCUGUUCUUGGCCUGGACCCGACACACCGGAACUGCGUGCUGAACGGGAACGCGUUCCAGCAGGACGCCAUCCAAUCGUAUAACGGAUGGCAGUACGCCUGUUUCUACAGCCAGCUGUCGGCGGAUAGCGCCAAGGAGCCGCUGUAUAUCCACCUCUCGCGCAGGAAGCUGCCGGAGGGGAAGUGGGAGACGUUCGUGUUCGACGACUACCCGCAGACGACGGAUGAUGGGCAUAAUACAGUCCAGCUCGGUAUCUGUCCUGGCGACGGCACAAUCCACCUCUCAUACGACCACCACUGCGACAUAGUCCGCUACCGCCACUCCCACCCCAACAUCGCCAAAACGCCCGAAUCGCACACAUGGACCAAAUCCCUCUUCACCCCGCACCUACGACGUCUCCCGGGUCUCUCCGCCUCCGAAGACGCGUUAUUCAGCUACAUAACCUACCCACGUUUCGUCCAGCUCGAUUCCUCUCUCCUCUUCACCUGGCGAACCGGGAAAGCCGGACUAGGAGACGACCACGUAGCCGUAUACACCUCCCCCUCCCCCACCUCAUCUACAACAAAUUACGGCUACAAAAUCCUAGGCACGAACCUCAAAGGCGUACAAAACAACCCCUACAUCCACGGGCUAGACCACCGCUCCGGCCGUCUGCACGCGACCUGGGUAUACCGGGGCUUCGUGCACUACACGGGGUGGGACGACCCCAACGACACGCAGCACAAGCAGCAAGCAGGCCCGAACUCAGGAGCCAACAACCACGACAUCUGCUACGCGUACUCGGACGACGGGGGCAGUGUAUGGCGGAACGGAGCGGGAGUCGUGGUCGCGGAUUUAGCGAAAGGGGAUGAGGGCGUAAGACCCGAUGCGCCGGGCAUCGUAGCGUUUGAGAUCCCGAAGGGGAGCGGGCUGGCGAAUCAGGAGGCGCAGGCUGUGGAUGGGGAGGGGGGUGUGCAUGUUUUGAAUCGCGACGCGUUGGAGGGUGGGAUGCGCUGGAAGCAUUAUUAUCGGGCGCCUGAUGGGACCUGGACUCAACGCGCUCUUCCGCACGUAAAUGGUGUGCAGGGAGGGAAGCGAGGACGGUUGGCUGUGAGUAAAGACGACGACUUAUAUCUCAUUCUGCCGGACCAUGCGGCGUCUACCUUGACGAUCCUGAAGGCCUCGAAGAAAUCUAAUUACUCCGAUUAUGAGGUCGUGUGGCGGGAAGAUGGGUUCCCGCCGACGGAGCCAUUGGUCGAUACCACGAGGUUGCAGUAUGAUAAUAUAUUGUCUGUGUUCACGCGAUCUAGCAACGGGUCAGAUUUAGACUCUCACGCCCAGGUCGAUGUCGUGGUUCUCGAUUUUAAGUUAUAAAAGUGCUGUAAAAUUGCAUAUAUGUAUCAAGUUAAUAAAAGCUGUCAAAUAUUUCAUCUUCAUCAAAUAAUAUCGCAUAGAUCGUAUGAGAUAUAUCAAGAUUGCGAAAACGCUGCGUAUAA